AGCCGAGCCGAGCCGAGCCGAGCCGAGCCGAGCCGAGCCGAGCCGAGCCGAGCCGAGCCUCCGGGCAUGGGGCCGGCGCGGAGGUGAGGAGCGCUGUUCGCCCCUGCGCCUGCCAUGACCUGCACCAUUGAGAAGAUCCUUACGGACGCGAAGACGCUGCUGGAGCGGCUGAAGGAGCACGACACCGCCGCCGAGUCGCUCAUCGACCAGUCCGCCGUCCUGCACCAGCGCGUGACCGCCAUGAGAGAGGCGGGCGCGGCGUGGGCCGAGAAGCAGGGCCCGGGCGCCGCGGCGGAGCGGAACGACUCGCCUCGGCUGCGGCCACACCUGCUCCUGUCCCAGGAGAACACGCAGAUCCGCGACCUGCAGCAGGAGAACAGGGAGCUAUGGAUCUCACUGGAGGAGCAUCAAGAUGCGCUAGAGCUUAUCAUGAGCAAAUACAGAAAGCAGAUGUUGCAGCUUUUGCAAGGGAGAAAAGGUGAAGAUGCAGAACCAGCUUUGAAUGUUCAUCAGUCUAAUUCUUUGGAAAUUGAAAGUCAAAUAGACAGAAUAUGUGAGAUGGGAGAGGUGAUGAGAAAAGCUGUUCAAGUUGAUGAUGAUCAAUUCUUUAAAGUUCAGGAGAAACUAGCUCAGUUGGAGGUAAGAACAGGUAAAAUUGCUAAGGAUAGAUGUAGCUUUGGGAGUCUCGAGACUUACUCUGGACUUUCUGUAUUUGUAUAUGUCAAGGAUUUAUAAUGUUCAAAAAUUUGGGGGUGGGCUCAGGAAAUGCAGAAGGUUACCUGCUUAUUUUCAAGUUCUUGUUGUUUGUAUGAUACAUAUGAAACCAUAAACAAAAGAUAAGCUUUAAAUGACAUGGUUCUUUUGCUAGCACUGUAUUAAUGCUUAUGUUACAAAAUCAGCAUUUUAUUUAGCUGUGAAGGAGUUGGGGCUAUUUAAACAUUAUCUCAUCCUUUAAUUGUGAAUUAGCUCAUUUCUAUUUCAGUAAAAAUAUUGAUUUUGCAGCUUGAAAACAAAGAGCUGCGUGAACUUUUGUCAAUCAGCACAGAAUCUUUUGAGGUGGGGAGAGAAGAUCUGCCUGACUGUGAAGCUUAGGUCACAAAAUAACCUUAUCUCCAAAUCUUGACUUCAGAGACUGUUAUGAAACUACCCUACAAGGAUGGGUUUUGAUUUGUUCUUUCAGGUGUUUCCUUGUAUGUUUGUUUUAUCUUUCAAAAAUGUGUGGCCUGUUUUCUCUGCAUUUUUCUGAAAUUACAUACUGUUAAUGGCAAAGACUUGCAUUGCUGCUCCGUUUUAGUAAUUGCAGCAUAUAGAUGCUUAGCAAUGAAGUAUUUGAUGUGUAUUCCCUUGUGAUAGUUUAUUUCCUCUCCUGUUUGUUAUUUUUUACGAGCUCUAGUUAAUACUGCCAGCUGUGCAGAUGACACUUAAAUCCACCUUGUCAGCAGCUAGAGAACAUAAUGCAGGUUGUGAUUAUUUUAUUUGAUAGAAGGAAUAAGAGAUUAUUCAGAAACUACAUUGUAAAUAGUAAGUACCCGUUUUGCUCUGCCUGCUCAAAGCAGGCAUUCAGAGCUUUUGCUUUGAAGAGCCAGCACUCGGAAUUUGAAUUGUUACUGGGACGACUGCUUAGAAACAGAUCAAGAGGAGGGCAGGUAGCCGACAGAGCACUUCAAGUAGUAACUGGUGUAAGGAGCACAUUUUACCUUGAUUUUAGGGGUGAAAAUCAGAGUGGGUGACCCUUUCUGACACCUGUGCAGUUUUGAAGGACAUUGCCUAUCUGACUAAAUUUUUUUUUUAUGGGUAGACCUGUUCCGGCUUUACCAAUGCUCCAAGGUAUGUGGAUACUGGCUAGCUCUGAUCUGAAGGCGGUGCGCUCAAACCCUGAACAGAACACAGAACUUUCAGAUCAAAGCUCUUUGGCCUCCCACCACUUUGGACUUCAGGAAGAGUGAGCUGAGGUCUGCCUCAAAAGUAAACCAAAACCAACCAUGUAGACAGGUUUUUAAUGUUACAUCCCAGGUAAGUCUAGUGACAGAUGUUACGAAGUUAUUGCAGAUUCCGAUACUGAGUGAAAUUAAGAGUUGCAGUGUUGUAAGAAUUUAUUGAUAUUGUGGUAUUUUUAAUGACAUUUUUAUAUAAAUAUUUCUGUCUUUCUGUCUGGAGGAUCGAAGAAUAUUCCCCCAAGAACAAUAAACAUCUCAUUUCCAAUAUUAGUUCCAACUUGUAUGCUGCUUUUUCUGAAGUGAGAGUUUUGAUAGAUGCAGAAGGUGAUUUAUGUUCCUGUGCUUAUGAAGACACAUUUUCUUGCAACCGCUUGGAAUAUCCAGCAAAACCAUGUGGCAGAUAUAAAGGAUUUCUGUACAGGAGUAUUCUUGUAUACAGUCCUUUUCUAUUAGAAAUUGUUUAAGAGGGAAUAAAAACCCCCAGUGGGCAGUAUUUUCUCAA